GCGGUGUGGCGUAACCCCAGCUGUGCUCCCGUUCAGCUCUACUGCAACUCUUGCGCACACAGCGCAGUUUACGUUCAUCGCUCGGAGUGACAAAGAGAACGAGCACAGAUAGACGGAGAAGAAAUAAAAAAGGACAUUUCUGAAUUACCGUGGGGAUUCUGAGCACCGUUUCCUUUCGGAACCUCACGUGUGGCUCAUUUCUUGCAUUACCCGCGUAUAUUUUGGAUUUCUUAUUUGUUCAUCCAUGUGCAUGGAGUUAAGUGGCUCGAGAAGGAUAGCAGUCUUGAAAUUGGGCAAUUGGAAAAUUCUCAGUAUCGUUGGUUAGAGCAAGGAAGCCGCCAUGGCUGGUGCUACUGGGUCGCCGAGUCUCCUCCUCAGUAUAUGAACAAUACUGAAUGGUGAUGAAAAACCACUCCAAUUUCUCAGCGUCGUGAGGGUAUUUUAGACACGGGCUGUGUUCUUUGUGUAAAUCUCUGUUCCAGUCAGAGAGAAAGAAACCGACGAGGAUCGGUGGGUUUUGUUUCGAGGGAAACUGGGAAAAGGCCAAUUUCAUGAGCGCGUUUAUCUGAGGUUUCAACCCUGAAGACGAUACUAAUAGUCACAGAAAAGCGACCCCGAGGAAAAUGAUCUGAAAGCGCUUGAGAGCUCACUGAAGAAAACGUUCGCGGACAGCCGGGUUGCUUUCGCACCAUUUUCCUUAUUAUUUAAGUCGGAGGCAAACUGCUUGCCGUGAGUCGAAACGGAUUCGUUCAAGACAACCGAGCGCAUUUUACUCUUGAGAGAAGCGUGGGAUUUCGGAUUGGAAAAUGUCUGGUCGGCCCAGAACCACCUCCUUCGCAGAGAGCUGCAAGCCAGUGCCGCAGCCGUCGGCUUUCGGCAGCAUGAAAGUCAGCAGAGAUAAAGAUGGCAGUAAAGUGACCACAGUGGUGGCGACCCCUGGACAGGGACCUGACCGGCCGCAGGAGGUCAGCUACACCGACACCAAGGUCAUCGGGAACGGCUCUUUUGGCGUGGUCUAUCAGGCCAAGCUCUGUGACUCAGGAGAACUGGUGGCCAUUAAGAAGGUCCUUCAGGACAAGCGAUUUAAGAAUCGUGAGCUUCAGAUCAUGAGAAAACUGGACCACUGCAACAUUGUGCGUCUGCGUUACUUCUUCUACUCCAGUGGAGAUAAGAAGGAUGAGGUGUAUCUGAAUUUGGUUCUGGACUACGUCCCUGAGACCGUCUACAGAGUGGCGAGACACUACAGCCGCGCUAAGCAGACCCUUCCCAUGGUUUAUGUGAAGUUGUACAUGUACCAGCUCUUCAGGAGUCUGGCCUACAUCCAUUCCUUUGGGAUCUGCCAUCGAGACAUCAAACCGCAGAAUCUUUUGCUGGACCCAGACACAGCCGUGCUCAAACUCUGUGACUUUGGCAGUGCUAAGCAGUUAGUACGUGGGGAGCCCAAUGUUUCCUACAUAUGCUCACGGUACUACAGAGCCCCCGAACUCAUCUUUGGAGCAACUGACUACACCUCUAGCAUAGACGUGUGGUCAGCUGGCUGCGUGUUGGCGGAACUGUUGCUAGGACAGCCAAUUUUCCCCGGCGACAGCGGAGUGGAUCAGCUGGUGGAAAUCAUCAAGGUGCUGGGCACUCCCACACGGGAGCAGAUUCGGGAAAUGAACCCAAACUACACCGAGUUCAAAUUCCCGCAGAUUAAGGCCCACCCUUGGACUAAGGUGAGUAAACAGGUGUUUCGGCCACGCACGCCUCCUGAAGCCAUUGCGUUGUGCUCGCGGCUGUUGGAGUACACCCCGACUGCUCGGCUGACCCCGCUAGAGGCCUGCGCUCACUCCUUCUUUGAUGAACUGCGGGAUCCCAAUGUCAAACUUCCUAACGGGCGUGAGAAACCAUCCUUAUUCAACUUCACAACUCAAGAGCUGUCCAGUAACCCAUCCCUGGCCUCUAUCCUAAUUCCUGCUCAUGCACGUAACCAGGCAGGAGCCUCUACCCCCACCAACGCCUCUGCCACUUCAGAUGCCAAUAUUGGAGAUCGCAGUCAGACCACAACUGCAGCCUCUGCCUCCGCCUCCAACACCUCAACCUGAGAGCCCUAGCCAAUCAGACCUGACCCUGUCUCCGAGGCCACGCCCACCCCACUGCUCACCAGCUUAAUGGGCAGGAAUUGAGUCACGCAACCACUACUCUUAUUCAGACUGCAAGAGCCAACCUUCAUUUACAUAUUUAAAAAAACAUUUUUUUUAUGAAGUUCAGAAAGAGAUCAAAAUUACAUGUGUGGAAAUGCCUCGUCGGGUGUAAUUCACGAGAACGACAGAGACCGAGAAAAAGAGAGAGCAGUGAGUCGGUGGGGGGGGGGGUUGUUUAACCAUAAAACCUGGUCCAUGACCAGCCAUAACUUUCUUUUUUUUUCAUUCUCAGAGGACAAUCUUGUUAUGUAAGCAAUCCAGUAGCCAGAUCCAUCCACUUCCGUUUUCAUUUGGGCACCCCUUCUCUCACCUAGACCGUCUCUAGCUACACGUUCUGUCCCUUUAUCCUGUCCUGGGCCUUUAAUAGCGCAUGGCUUGAGUUUGGUUGGGAGCACCCCUUGUAUAAAGUACAUAUAUAUAUACAUAUAGCGUGUAUAUACAUAUAUAUAUGUAUAUGUUUUGGGUGAAAACGAUGCAAGCAUUCAAAACUACAAGAAAUACCGUAUCUAAUCGUAUCUAACAAACACAAGGCACCGUACAAGUGGUAUAAAUAUAAAAACCGCAUGUUCCAACCACAAAGACAACAGAGGAAUACUCUGUUACAGGAGUUUUAAGUCGACUGAAUCUAUGUUAUCUUGUUUUAUAAAAUGGGCGGGCUAUAGGGCAAGGGCAGACAUUUUGAUUGACAGGUGAGACGUGCGUCUCAAUCUCUGUGUGCUUGUAUGAUAUAUACAUACACAGUUUAUAUAUUACUUUGCAUUAUGUAAAAUAAAUAUAUAUAUAUAGUUAUAUAUAGAUCUAUAUCUAGCAUCAUCAGUUCAGAAUCCAUCAGUUUUUUCAGCACAGCGGUUGAUCGAAAUGAUACAGUAUGUGUAUGACUAAGAGUCUUCUCUGCUGUUUUCUGUUAGCCUGGUAGAAUUAGAGAUCACCUUCUGUCCUGGUUUGCUCUCGUUAUUUAUUGUCGUGUGCGCAUCAGUGUCAUAACGCUCAGAUUCAUUGUUCUUAUCCACACAGCUAAACGUAAAGAACACAUGAAGAAACACAUCGAUGUGGCGCCGGCUUCACAGAGACUGUGUUUGCGCUCCAUUCACAGUGGCUGUGUUGUUUUAACCACUACUUUUUUCUUGUCAUGUCUCAGCGUAACUUACAGAAAAAUGUACUUUUUUCUUUCCCAAAAUGUCUUAAUACGCAAAUUAUAGCAGUAUAAGAAACCGACAGAGACGUGUAUAUACAGUACAGCACAGUUGCUCCUCACCAAAUUCUGGCUUUUACUUCUUAUGUUUUGAUUUUUGUAUAAUUUGUGAGCGCGUGUGAGUGAAUGAGUGUUCUGCUAUGUACAUAAAUAUGCUGACCUGAGAACUGUUCAUGAGUGAAAACAAAGACGAGGGAUUAAAUGAGAACGGAUCAAAGAGAGAAAAAAAAAAGUCAAAAAAUUUAAAAAAAAUUUAAAAGAUCAGGGCAAACAUGACCUGUUUGUUGGAUACUGUAGACAAGGAGCUUUCUCCAGCCAUAUAGUUCAAUCUGAUCUGUACAGUAGGUGCCAGCUAUAUUAUUGUAACUAUAACUAGUAAUGUAUAGUGUAUCUAUAGUUUGGAGUGCCUUUGCUUCCAUACCCUUCCUGUUCCUAGACCACACCCCUUCCUGUGACCCUCUGCAGGUGCUGUUGAUUGGCCAAGUCUGAAUGACUGACAGCCGACUUCAUUUCCUGUCUGAAACCACAUACGCUGUAGAUGUUUUUCCUAAUUUUUUGGCACAAAGGUGUUUUUGUUUGUGGAGGAAGUCAUGUUCCUGUGGAGCCAAUCACAAUGUGUGUUCUUACACUCGUUCCACUACCAAAGUGAAGCAACUAUGAGCGUGUUGUGAUGUGACUGCGACAUCCCAGGGGCAAUAAUAAUGAUUUCUUUGUGUUUUCGCUCGUUGGCCAGCUGACAGUACGCAGUAGAGAUGUCACGUAGCACCCGCCGGACCCUCAAUGUAAAGCUUGCUUGUAAGAUACGCAUUCAUAGAUGUGUUGCUUUCCACGAAUGGUGUGACCACUUCUCGUGACUAAAGUUAGAGUAAAAAUGUAAAGACACAAGGGUUAAAAACAAUUACCAAAAAAAAAAAAAAGACAAAAAAAAAUGUUUUAAGGACUGUGGGCUAAAUACAGACUAUCGCAUUACGUACACUUAUUGGGAAAAAUGUUGUCUUGGUUUAAAACGGGAAAAAAUUGAAAAAAAAUACAACCUGUAUAACAUUAAUAUUACUUGAAUGCCUCUGUUUGUGACUGAAAUUUUUAUUUUAUUUUAAAUAUAUUCUUUUUCUGUGAAGAUAUGCUAAAUGUCUCCUCUCCUUGUAAAUAUGUCCGUUUUGGUCCUUGGUGUGACUUGGAUUCAGAGACUAGUUACCUGGUACUGUAAUUUGCAUUAAAUAAAGAGUAGGAUAGCUUGGAAAUGA